CCGUCCACAACCAUUUGAACCAUUUGAAUUCGGACAGUUCUACGUUGGUAAGGAUUUGACGCUUGCGUAACAGUGUUCGUAUAGUGUUAGUCGUGAUUAUUUUGCAGCAGUACGUUCAUAGUGACACUCUCAGUUAUUCCAACUGUUUGGUGAUUGAUUCGUAUCAGUAAGACAUGUUGCGGAAAAUUAAAACUACUGAUUACUACGUAACUCUAAUGAAAGUUUGAUCUCGCUGAUAUACGUAUUUGAAAUAUUUGAAACUCUGACGUGUUUCUCACAUAUCUCAACGAAAGUCUAGGUACGUAUGCUGAGUUAUACAAUUUUCCUGUCACUAAUUAUUGAUGGUAAACCUGAGGACCAAAUAACAAAAGAACCACACCGAAACAGUAACACAAAUAGUGACUGCAUGAAAAAAAAUCAGGAGAGAAAGAACCAGUAUGAAUUUUUAGUGAGAAUUAGUCGUUUUCGCUUUAUGUAUCUCUUAAUAUAAUAGGUUACUUGUAGAAAUGUGGGUUUCAGAGCCUGGUAAAACGACGCACUGUAGGGAUGUUAUAGUCUAAACUGUUUCAUAGAUGAAUAAGCACUUACUAGAAAUGAUAGUUAGGCGGGUUAUGGAACUGCAGAUGUUGUGGUGUGUCGGUAAUUUUCGCUACGCUGACAUGGUAAACAGUUAUGUGUUCACUCGUUUUAUGUCUCCAUACAUUCCUGAACAAAUAUAUUUGUUGAAAAUCAGCUUCGUCAUGGUUCAAGUCAGUAGAUCGUAUAGUAAAUAAAAGUGAAAUUUUCCGUUGGUUAAAACAGUUAAGAUUUUCACUUAUCAACGUGAAAAUAUUACAUAUGAAUGUUUAAUUAAAGAGUGACGAGAUAUCGUCCACAUUAAACUAGUUUCUUGUAAACAGGAUAACGAGCUUACACUGUCAAACACAGAUUUUUGAAUAUUUUGCCAAAAACGUAAUGACAAAUAAUAUUUAUGUAUUCACUUCAAACCGUGAAACUGGAUCAGCGAGGAUACUUAACUUUCGACAAAUUAGAUGUUUUUAGACUGAAGUAUAUAAUCCAACUAUCAAGUUUCUACAGAGAAACAAGUAUCCAGGUUAGUAGUAGAUGAAUGAGUUAACUCCUUGAUAUCUUUAAAAAUUUCAGAACACACACUUUUGGUAAAUUGAAAUGUUAACCAGUUAUACAAAGAGCUAGAUUUCCUCUAACGAAUGUAUUGUAUCUGGCCUGAAAGGGUCUGACACACCCUCUUUGUAUUUCUUUGAGUAUGUAGAUAAUUCUUACCCAGAAAUUUUUCGACCUUGCUAUCCUCGAAUUGUAACCCGAAAGCAUCUGUCUUUUUUCGUAGGUGUCCAUUAAGUCUCAAAGAGAUACUCAUAUACGUGAAAAUUAACAUUGCAGUCCAAAAGGUGCGACUAUCUUCCACACAACUUAUUUAAGGGGUGUUGACCACAACUUAGUAUUUUCGGCCCUAUCUCUUAGUCACUAUUUCAGGCCCUCUCUCCAUGUACCUUAAGACGUCACCUAAUGUUUAUAAACAUUUGUUUUUAAGUAGCUGCUGUCUUGGCGUGUUGGUCGUGCUUACCCGUCGUGAUGAUUCAACCAAGCCGUAUUGACUGAAACACGUUCCUUUAGGUCAUACGCCAAGGAGGUCAGUUGAAGAACACAAAGACAGAAACGGCAACUUAAAGUUAGAUGGUUAAGUCGUAGAGGGAUGUAGAGGCAGAAAAUUGUUUAUCUCAGACAUUUAGCAUCUGCAACAAUGCUGCUUUCUCAUAAUGGAAGGCAGAUCUUAUAAAAGGUUAACCCUGAAAAUGUCACAUCUCAUUCUACUUAUUUACGCCUGUUACCUCUCAUGAAGAGGGGUGUUCGCCGCCCACUAGGAUUCUCCAUCGGACUAUGUCCUAGACAGUCCUUUCCAGUUGCUAUCCAUUCUUCUGAUAUCUGUCUGCGAUACUCCAUGCAAUGUGUUCCUUGGUCUGAUUUCUCUUCUUUUACCUUCUGAAUUCCAAGUUUUGGAUUGCCUUAUGGUGCAGUUUUAUGAUAUGCCUCAUUCUAAUUCCCUCUUCAGCUUGAACCUGGUUUUCUUAUCUAUUACAGCAGGUUGUUGUUUUCUUCACGAUAGAACUCUUGAUGCUCGUAUUGGAGGUCCUGAUUUUGACGUUGGCUGACAUUUGUUUUGAGUUUUAAAUGUCCCUCGAUUGUAGGAAUGUUGCCCUUGAUUUUUCAUUCAAUUCCUUCGUAUUUACAUCAAAUCCCCCUUGCUUAUCAAUGAUAUUACCCAGGUACAAUAGACUCCACAACUUUUUCAGAGCUUCUACAUCAAGAUUGAUUUGCUUGGUGCUCACUGCGUUGUAAUUUGGAUUCUGGAUUUUCCCUAGUAGUAUGCUUAGGUAUAUUACUGCGGUGGCUGCUGCUACAAAGGGUGUCUUCACUUGCAUUUGUUGUUGUGUGUAUAAAGUAGAAAAGAUAGUUCAUCUGCGAAAUCCGAAUCGUCUAGCCGCAUCCAAUCUCUCCAUUGUAUUCUGUGCUAAACCUGAUAUAUGAUAUAAUUCAGUCGACCGCCAGAAGAAAAAGGAAAGACGAGAGUAAGUAGCCUCGUAUGACACCGGUCUCCACUCGGAAUGCAUUUGUCAGUUGUUAUCCAUGCACGACAUUGCAGCGUAGUCCAUCGUGUGAAUCCCGGAUGAUUUUGACGAUUUGCCCAGGUACACCAAGGUGUCGAGGAAGUUUCCAUAAGGUCCUCCUACCCACACCGUUAAAUGCUCUCUCAUAUUCAAGGAAGUUGAUGUGUGGUGGCGAGUUCCAUUCAAUGAAUUGUUUAACGAUGAUCCGUAUUUUCGUGAUUCAGCCUAUGAACAACCGAUCGUUACGAAAUCCGGUCUGUUAAUCUGGAAGUUGGGCAUCUACUGAGUCUUCCAUCCUGUUCAGCAACACUCUGCUGGCCAAUUCAAGAGUCCCUCGAAAUGUUCUACCCAUCUGUUCCUCUGUUCUUGAAUCUCAGUGAUUGACUUGCCUUCUUUGUCCUUGACUGGCUUCUCUGGUUCACAAUAUUUCCCCGCUAGUUUUCUUGUUGCAUCAUAUAGUUGUCUCAUAUUUCCUACUUUUGCAUCAUUUUCCUCUGCUAUUGCUAUGUUUCCCAAAUAUUUCUGCUUAUCAGCUCUAAUGUUCCUCUCUACUCUCUUGUUAGCUUCUGUCCAACGAUGCUUCUUGGGACGCAAGACCUCUUGAGACGCUGAAGUUAUUGCUUCUGUAACGUAUUUCCAGUUGUUCUAUGUGGUAGUUUCCUCUUCGUUGUGUAGGUCAUGUAGGAUAUGGAAGUUGUAGCUGUGAGUUAUUUUGAAUUUGUCGAGUUUUUAGUAUCUCGAAGGGAGACUAUAAGAAACCGUCCUAAUUCUGUUUCUCUAGUUAUCUAGUGCUUCUUUAGUGUGAGUUUUAUCCUGGCCACCCUUAGUUGGUGAUCUGAAACUUUGUCAGCUCCUCUCUUUGUUCUUACGCAUCUCACUGAUCUUCCGAUUGUUUUGGUGGUGCAAACACGAUCGAUACGGUUCUCUGUAGUGCCAUCCGGUGAGACCCAUGUGGCUUUGUGUAUGCGUCUGUUGGAGAAUAUGGUAUCAACUAUUAGCAUUUUGUCGAACGUACAUAUAUUUGCAAAUCUGUCGCCAUUCUCGUUCCUUUCUCCAAGCCUUUGUAGUCCCUUGAUAUCUUCAUACCCUGUGUUGUCCAUUCCGACUCUGGCGUUUUGGCCUCCCAUUAGGAGCGUUAGGUCUUCUCCUGCGCACUUCUCUACGAUCAACUACAGCCUCCCAUAAAACUGUCCUUUAUUGUCUUCAUUGCUAUCAUUGGUGGGUGCAUAGCAGUGGAUGACAUCGAGUGUGAUCCCCUGCUUUACUUUCGAAGAUGCUUUGAUGAGCCUGAAUCCAUGAGAUUCCCAUCCUACAUGUACUUUUCGCGCUUCUUUGGACGAAAUCAGAGCAACGUCUUGUGUGUGGCAAGCAUUUUCUUCGUGAACAGAGUACAACAGCACAUCUCCCGAAUCUAAUCUUUUCUGUCCAAUUUUGGAUCCAAUGGGUUUCACUGAUUCUAAGGACCACCAAAUUUUAUCUCCUCCUUUCCACAGCUACUUAGUUGGUCCUCCCAAUCUCCCACAUUGUCCGAACAUCCCAUUUACCUAUGUAAAUUUCUGCUGUGGUUGCCCCAGAGAUGAUGCAACACAGUGGCUUCAGACGUUAUCAGACAUGGCUCAGAAUAGAAGGCAGUAACGAUUCUGCUGUAACUCUCUAUUGCUUUCCUCAUAAAUGUGAACGUAACUUUCUAGUUGAAAGAAUUCUUUCUGGUUGUAUUUCUUCUAAUUGAACUGCUUCCGUUGUUAUUAUUAUUAUUUCACUUUCACUUACCGAUUCCUAUUAACUUGUGGUCUUAUUGGUAUAUCCACCCUCCUCUGUCUCUUCAUAACCUCACUGUCAUUGUGCGGCCCACUUGUAUUUAGCGAAUAAGAUUUCCCCGGCAGUGGCUGUAUACGCAUGGCCAUGUGAGAGUAUUUCGAGAGGGAGAGCGGACUUUCCACACCCUUGACCGUACCAGGACACUUGAGGGUAUUACUGAACGUAAAACAGUGGCAGCAGGAAAACUCCUAAGCGUUCUACUUAGUCCUGGAAAAUUCAAGAAUAUAUUUCAGGGACAACUGCUAGUCAACCGUCAAAAUCAUAUCCACCACGAGAUAGCUUGAUACGAUAAACGAAAUGCUGUGGAAGCGGCAGUGAUAACUACCAGAAACUUAAACAAAAAUGUUAGGGACAACCAGCCGAUUUCAGCGACGUCUACAGAACCGAUAGAUGCUAAGAAUCUCAUCCUAUCUGGCUCCGAACACAAUGAGGGGCUGAGACAGCCCAGACGUAGGCUGACUAAAAGCCUACACAGUGAUCGUGAACAAUGGUGGGUAACAAAAGCAAAAGAGACGGAAAAUCUGCGGCCACAAGUAGCAACAGACAACUACUCAGUUAUCGAGGAAACCGGUAUUAAAAAUGUGGCUAUUAGUGAAACUACCUCGGGAAAAGACAGGAAUAUUACUCACUCUCAAUCCAUGAGAUUGGAUCAAUGUGGAGAACACCUUAGGGGACAGUUCAACUAGCCUUCGAUCACACUUCAGUUACCCACUAUCUUCAAGUAACCUGAAUCGCAAACUGAUGUAAGUCGUCCUACUCAGUGAGUUUGAAAAGAUUAAGUAAUCAAAAGAUAGGGAGAUCAGCCGGGUCUGAUGGACUAAGCCCUGAGACUUUUACGGAUGGUAGUCCAGUUUUAGCAGUUUGAUUAACUGAGAUCUUAGCUAGAAUCUGUGGACUGUGAGUAAUCCCAUCCGACUGGUUUUGAUCUCUGAUCAUUCCAGUUUACAAGUAAGAACACAGACCGUCUAGUUACAAUAACUGAGAGUACUCGAAGAAUCGGUCUUAUAUAUUUGGACUAGAGAGUAAAGAUUGCCUAGGUUAGGAGUAGAGAACUCGCUAGGAAUGAGAAAUUGGUUGGUUUUAUUGUGAAUCUUCAUCAGCUGAGGUGGCUGGGACCUGUAUUACAUGUGUCAACUACCGCUUACCACGAGGGCAAUGUUUUCUGGUGUUUUAGUAGGCUGGUAAAAAGCCAGGGACGACCAAACCAUGGCAUCAGUCUACGAAGUCAUUAACAAUUAGACUGACGCAUGUUAAAAUGAUCACGACACCAUGUCAUACACUACCUCUCUGCUUUUCAAAUUAUUCAGCGACGGAAAACAAUUCACAAUGUGGAAUUUGCUGGGACUACAUCCCUACCUCAUGUACAAGCCACUGCAGUCGGUAUUUCAAUAUGGUGACACUAAUUGAAUUAUCGUCACUGUUGCUGAACACAUGUUCCCGAACCUCCACAUUAUUAGCAUGGUGUUUCCAUUAAACGAUAGUAACCCUUCAGAGAAACCAUGAUCGACCGAAGAGAGUCGCUUGACAUGCUCAACUUGAAGAGAUCAGGUUUUAUAAACAUAGAACAAGACUACUCUCACCGACGUAUUGUAGAUUCGACCUUCUACAGAUAUUAGCAUUAUGGAGGCAACAAAGAUGGCCGAGGUUGGCAUAAAAUGCUCUGGCUUUGAUCAUACGUGAAUUAAUCUCAUCACUGGCGCCACCACCAGGACUUACACAGCUAUCUAGAUACACGAACUUCUUGACUAAUUUUAACUGCUCACUACCUAGUGUGAAUAUAGGUACAGGGUGCUUCCUUGUAUCAAUCUUUAUGUGUUUAGAUAAAUAAAUACGUCCUGAAGCGACAUUUGGGUGGAGUGAAACGUAUACCGUAAAUGUUAGCACGGUUGUUCAAGACGGUCAGAAGACUCUAUAUUAUCUCAGCGUCUUCACCGAAUUGGACUAUCAUCUGUAUAUUCCAACUCGACAAGUUAGUCUCCCGAUAUAUUUAUUCCUGCAAAGUCACAAGAUGAGAGCGUUGCCUUUAAAGAAAUGUUUAUGACCACUUGUGUUCAAGUAGAAAGCCUGUACUCGGUUAAUGUAAUUUGGUAUGACACUGUCAUAAAACCUUGUCGAUCAAUGGAGUUAAGUGCUACCCUAAAAUUUUCAUGUUCUUAGAUGUAAGUCAUGCUCACAAUUUGACUUACUUCAAGUCACGAAACUUCAAAGAUACAUUUCUCUAAUCAUUGGGUUAUCACAAAAAUAUAUUUAUUUGAAACUAUCAAUUCCAAUCUCGGCAUUUAUUAAAUGAAGCUUUCCUUUCAGAGCAUUUCGAUAGUCAAGUAUUUUGUUGUUAAAAUGGCCGGUACCAAUCCUGUUGACCACAGGAGAAAAUGGGACAAAGCUCAUUUUGAGAAAUUGGCGAGUGAUAAACUUAGCAAUGAGUUAGAAGCUAUGCGAAAUGCUCGAAAAGAAAAGGAAACUAUGAAAAAGGAGUACUUAAAAGCUCGUGAUUAUACAAUUGACCUGGAAUCUAACCUGAACAAAUCUCAAGUUAUUGCAAAAACCGGACCAGGAUCUUCACAAGCAGGCUACUACUGUGAAGUUUGUGACUGUGUUGUGAAAGAUUCAAUUAACUAUUUGGACCAUAUAAACGGUAAAAAACAUCAAAGGAAUAUGGGAAUGUCAAUGAGGAUUAAGAGGUCAACUUUAGAAGAAGUUAAAGAAAGGUUUCAGCUUCACAAGCAAAAAUCCGAAGAAAAGGCGGAAGAGUACAGUUUAGAUGAAAGAAUGAAACAAAUUGCCGAGGAAGAAGAGAAAUUUAGGGCUUAUAAACAAGAAAAACGCAAAGAGAAAAAGCGUAGAAAUGAUGAACAGUUUGAAGAUUCCGACGUCGCAGCAGCUAUGGGAUUUGGUGGUUUUGGUAAGAGAUCAAAGUGA